GAAGGCCACCACAGCUCAUACUACGCCUGUCACGGAGAACCGACAAUUUGGAUCCAAGAUGACGGACUCCAAGUACUUCACCACCACCAAGAAAGGUGAGAUUUUUGAGCUCAAAGCAGAGCUGAACAGUGAUAAGAAAGAGAAGAAGAAGGAGGCUGUGAAGAAAGUCAUCGCCUCUAUGACAGUUGGCAAGGACGUCAGCGCUUUGUUCCCAGAUGUUGUGAACUGCAUGCAGACGGACAACCUGGAAUUGAAGAAGCUGGUCUAUCUCUACCUGAUGAACUAUGCCAAGAGUCAGCCAGAUAUGGCUAUCAUGGCAGUCAACACCUUCGUAAAGGAUUGUGAAGACCCAAACCCUCUGAUCCGGGCCCUUGCUGUUCGUACCAUGGGCUGCAUCCGUGUGGACAAGAUCACUGAGUACCUCUGUGAGCCACUGAGGAAAUGUCUGAAGGAUGAAGACCCUUAUGUGAGGAAGACUGCAGCUGUGUGUGUAGCAAAACUUCACGAUAUCAACGCCCAGCUUGUGGAGGACCAGGGCUUCCUGGAUACUCUAAAAGACCUAAUUUCCGACUCAAAUCCCAUGGUGGUAGCAAAUGCAGUGGCAGCGCUGUCUGAGAUAGCAGAGUCCCAUCCCAACAGUAAUCUACUGGACCUGAAUCCCCAGACCAUCAAUAAGUUGUUGACGGCCCUUAACGAGUGUACAGAGUGGGGACAGAUCUUCAUUCUUGACUGCCUGGCCAAUUACACACCUCGUGAUGAUCGCGAGUCCCAAAGCAUCUGUGAGCGUGUGACCCCGCGGCUCUCUCACGCCAACUCUGCAGUGGUUCUGUCAGCAGUGAAAGUUCUUAUGAAGUUCAUGGAGAUGCUGCCUAAGGACUUAGACUACUAUGGCACCUUGCUGAAGAAGCUGGCCCCUCCUCUGGUCACCCUCCUCUCUGCUGAGCCCGAGUUGCAAUAUGUGGCACUUAGAAACAUCAAUCUCAUCGUUCAGAGACGCCCAGAGAUCCUGAAACACGAGAUGAAAGUUUUUUUUGUGAAGUACAAUGACCCGAUCUAUGUCAAACUGGAGAAGCUUGACAUCAUGAUUCGCCUAGCAUCUCAAGCUAAUAUUGCACAGGUGCUGGCUGAACUGAAGGAGUACGCAACUGAGGUGGACGUGGACUUUGUCCGAAAAGCGGUUAGAGCCAUUGGCCGCUGUGCCAUCAAAGUAGAGCAAUCAGCGGAGCGCUGUGUCAGCACACUGCUUGACCUCAUCCAGACAAAGGUUAACUAUGUGGUGCAGGAAGCCAUUGUGGUCAUCAAGGACAUCUUCCGCAAAUACCCCAAUAAGUAUGAGAGUGUGAUUGCCACUCUUUGUGAAAACCUGGACUCCCUGGAUGAGCCAGAGGCACGUGCAGCCAUGAUUUGGAUUGUGGGAGAGUAUGCUGAGCGCAUCGACAACGCUGAUGAACUGCUGGAGAGCUUUUUGGAGGGUUUCCAUGAUGAAAGCACUCAGGUGCAGUUGCAGCUGCUAACUGCAAUCGUCAAGUUGUUCCUGAAAAAGCCAACUGAGACCCAGGAACUGGUGCAGCAGGUGUUAAGCCUGGCCACACAGGACUCAGACAACCCAGACCUCAGGGACCGUGGCUAUAUCUACUGGCGUCUGCUCUCCACAGACCCCGUAGCUGCCAAAGAGGUGGUUCUGGCUGAGAAGCCCCUGAUCUCUGAGGAGACAGAUCUGAUUGAGCCCACUCUGCUGGAGGAACUCAUCUGCCACAUUGGUACUCUCGCCUCUGUGUAUCACAAGCCACCCAGUGCCUUUGUUGAAGGCAGCCGUGGCGUUCAGCACAAGAGACUCCCCGGCAGUGCUGGAUCUGGAGAUAGUGUUGAGAGCCCAGAAACAGCUUCUGCUGCUGGAGUCUCUGAGGCACCUCCUGCUGUUAUCCCAUCCCAGGGAGACCUCCUGGGAGAUCUGCUCAAUCUGGAUCUGACACCUCCUACUGCAACCGGACCAACACCACCCCCCACCUCUGGCAUGCAAAUGGGGGCUAUGGACCUUCUUGGAGGAGGACUGGAUAGCCUGAUGGGGGAUGAGUCUGAGCCGCCGCCCAUUCCCCUGCGGACGGACACUCCUCAAUCACCUCAGCUCCCACGUCAGUCCCCAUCGCCCCCAGAUUACAGCCCCACUGAGCUUGGCGGAGACCUCGGAGGAAGUCCUGCUAUGGGAGCUGGUUUCGGUGCUCCUGCUGCUGCAGUGCCGGCCUCUUUCAGUGCCCCUGUAAGUGGCGGUCUGGAUGACCUGUUUGACCUCGGAGGUGGAGUUGGUAUGCCAAUGGGAGCCUAUAUCCCCGCUAAAAUACUUUGGCUUCCAGCUAUGAAGGCUAAGGGUCUGGAGAUAUCUGGCACUUUUGCCCGCCGUGCUGGGGUCAUCCAAAUGGAGAUGACCCUCACUAAUAAAGCUAUGAGUGUGAUGACUGAUUUUGCCAUCCAGUUCAAUAGGAACAGUUUUGGUUUAGCUCCAGCUGGUCCACUGCAGGUUCUCACUCCUGUCGGCCCAAACCAGAGUAUUGAAGCUGCCCUUCCCCUCAAUACUGUGGGACCUGUAAUGAAGAUGGAGCCUCUCAAUAACCUGCAGGUGGCUGUUAAGAACAACAUUGACGUAUUCUACUUCAGCUGCCAGUACCCCAUCAGCAUGUUGUUUGUAGAGGACGGAAAGAUGGAGCGACAGGUGUUCCUUGCCACAUGGAAAGACAUUCCUAAUGACAAUGAGUCCCAGUUUCAGAUCAAAGACUGCCAUCUUAACUCAGAUGCAGCCUCAAACAAACUGCAGGGCAGCAAUAUUUUCACCAUAGCCAAGCGCACAGUGGAGGGUCAGGACAUGCUGUACCAGUCGAUGAAACUCUCCAAUGGAAUCUGGGUGCUGGCUGAGCUGAGGGUGCAGACAGGAAACCCAAACUACACGGUGUCUUUGAAGUGCAGAGCCCCCGAGGUUUCCCAGUGUGUGUUCCAGAGCUAUGAGGCGGUGCUGAAGAACUGAAAAACACCCGACGACAACCCAGCCGCUGCCCUCAAGGACUCCCGGCACCUUGUCCUGCCCGCCCUCACCUGACCCACGGACCAUAUAACAACCUCAUGCAGUGUGGGAGCCACUUCCCUACUGUGUUGGACCUGCAGACUGCAAUCUGUAUGUCAGCCAGCUGUUUAAUUAGGAUGGUUAGUGACUUAUUGCCCAAUUUGGCUCAUUGUCCAAGCGUUUAUUUCCCCAAGUCUGCAGAGAUUUCUGGUUAACCUUCCUGGCUAAUCUCAUCCUGUCCCCUGUUACUGUUCAUUUUUUAAACAAGUGUCACAUCAGCACUUGCUAAAUGAUCUGAAGCACGUCCUCCACUCUUCCUUCCUGAGCCAUCCUGUGUUGACCUUUAUUCUUUCGGGACAGACAGCUGUAGGACUUGUAUUCCCGUGACUGUUUUUCUUUGCACGAGGAUCUUUAAUCAUUAUCUAGCCCCACUUGUGUGCAAAUUGGAGUCUAUUUUUAGCAUCUGCAAUCAGCAGGUGAGUCGUCACUGUUGGCAAAUUUAUUUGGGCUACUUUCAAUUGAAAUGCAACAGAAAAAGGCUUUAACUCUCCUCACCCCUCUGCCCGUGUGAAGUGGAAAGUGGCUGUCUGGGCCUUUUUUUAGAAGAGAUACAUAAAUACUUACAAACUACAUUAUUGUUGUCUCGUCAUUUUAUAGAGUUUUCUUAAGUAUCUGUGGUUAGCAGUGGGGUCGGAUCCUCUGCUGUUCCUGAAAGCAGGAUGUCUGGCAUGUGCUGGGUGAAACUGUUUGCUAGUGUGUGUUUUCCUUUGAUUUUUCCAUAAAUAUCUGGACAUUUUAUAGACUAUUCUCUGUCUGCUCUCUUUCUUAGUCAUUCCAUUGUUUAAUUUGUGUUUGUAGUCUUGUUAGUGUGCAUUGGGCAAACUGGGAGAGAGCAUCAAGUGUUGAGGAUUUUGUAUUUGCUGCUGUGCCCCCGAGUCAGUGACUGCCUCUCAAGCUCUCUGCCAAUUUGCUCUCUCUAUAUCCUCAUCGUGGCUUUUCCAGUACUAUGGCUACCUGAGAUGAAGGCUUAGGUGGAAUAACUCUAAACUAUGAUGUAACACUUCUGAGUAAUUCGUGUACAUGUGGGUAGCAGUCUCUGUCUCAGCGGAAAGAAGGCUAGAACAACAUUCAGUGUCCCUGUUAUACCCUCAGACUCCACAGAUUAAUUGGAUUCCUUUUACAAGUCAGUGCACUGAAGCCCUACAGGAUGUAUGCACCUAAGCUAACACCUUUUUUAAAAGAUUAUCAAAAGAGGUUACCGUCUAUUCUGUGUGUGUGUCUUUGUGUGAGGUGACAGCUGACACAUUAGAAAUGCUGUAAAGGAAAAAAAAAAUCAAAUGUUUAAUCAGAUGUUUUUGACAUGAUUUUCUUCAUUGUAUGUACAUCAUUUGAAAAAGAACUAUUAAAAGUCUUGAUAAAUUCA